AUGCUCCGAGUGGAUUUCGGGACUAUCGAAUUUACGAAACGAGACCUGUUGGACAGAUAUUCGCGCAGUCGAGCUCCCGCCGCCGCCGGCCUGACAUACGUCUACAUCGCCAUCACGCCUCCAGGGACCUUUGAGCGCGUCCUGGCGCGUAUGAACCAGGCCUUCUGGUCAUGUAUCGUCGAGGCAGCAGUCCAGUCUGCCGCCACCGUCCUCGCGCAGCUCAGCGAGCUGCGGCCCUAG